AGUAAACAAACCGUGAGUCCAAUAAGUACUGUUGAAAAUAUUUCUUGUACUGAUACCAUUAAAAUUGUCUAUUUUUAUCAUAUCGUAGUCGGUGUGAUAAUUUUUAGCAGUUUUAUGAUACGUUUUGUACACUGUAAUACGACAUUCGACUCGGUUUAAGUUUAUUUAUUCCGUUUUUAGUUUCGUUUUAGUGGAUUGUUACUUUUUGUGUUGAUAUUUUUGUCGCUAACAUCAGUUUGAGAAGUAGUCUGGUUUUCGAGUAGCUGCUUCAUUCGAAGCAGCCGGAAAUGUGCGGACUUGGGAAAUGAAGGACAACAUUUCGCUUUUGGAGCAGUCUGAAUUUAUUUUCAACAAUCAAAUAGUGCAAAAUACUUACAUCCCCGUGGUCGAACAACAGGAGGAACUACUGUCUUAUUAUCAGUUUUUUCGUAACCAACUGGUUAUUUAUUUGCGCGAAACACUGGAUCAUAUAUUGUUGGUUGUUUUUGCAUACACGUUAUUAUGCUUGGUCCUGUACAAAUUGCUCUUUCAUCGCUGCAGUCAAUGGCUUACGCUAUUUCGCAAAUGUCGUCUCCCUCCUCACGCGAACCGCGCAUUGCUAGUAACAGCUCAUCCCGAUGACGAAUGUAUGUUUUUUGGACCGACCAUUCUUGAACUUCGUCGUCGGAAUUGUCGUAUAUUUUUGCUCUGUCUGUCAGAGGGAAACUACGGUCAGCGAGGAGAUCAGCGUCGUCAGGAACUGUGGGAUGCUUGCGAGUCUUUAGGAAUAAAGCCGGAAGAUAUCACAUUACUAAACGCUACCCACCUGCGAGAUGAUCCUGCUUUGGAAUGGAAAGCGGUAACUAUUGCGAACCAAAUUCUCAAGUAUUUGGAAUCGCUAGAAAUUGAUCUUAUGGUUACUUUUGACAAAGACGGUAUCAGCGGGCAUCCGAAUCAUAGUGCAAUAUACUAUGCUACAGCAUCACUUUGCUUGUCCGGAUUGAUUCCAUACAAAUGUAAAGUGUUAACUUUGGAAACGGUCAACAUUUGUCGAAAGUAUAUAUCGGUACUAGAUUUACCGCUUACGCUGUUGCUUUCUACUAACUGGGCUGUACUGAAUUGGCAAUCACGUCGAGCAGUUCAGAAUGCAAUGAGACUUCAUCGGUCGCAGAUGGUUUGGUUCCGUAAGUUGUACAUCAUGUUUUCACGAUACAUGGUCAUCAACUCAUUGAGAGAAAUCAACAAAUCAGACGUAGAAUUCGAGAUCCUUGAUUCAUAACUGUCCAAAAAUGACCAAGAUAAACGAAUAAGAAGGCAGGUGGAAAUAAUUUCUUUAAAUUCAUGUUUGAAUAAUUUUUAAGUUUUGAGCAAUUUUCCUCACGGUUCGAUCCAAUGCCAUCUAGUUUAGAAAAAUAGAUCAAUCUUUUUGCAAGCGGAGGCCACAAAAAUGUAAACAGUGUUUAAGAACGAAACUCAGAAGCUUUACAGCUAGUCUAAAAAGUGCAACGUGUAGAACACGAUUUAAUAGUAAUCGAAUCGUAUAUUAAUAUUUAUUCCAAGCACCGGCCACAGAAAAGAAGCAAAACAAACAAUGUCGUUGUAAGAUUACCCUGCAAUGUUGAAUCCUAGUGCGCUCGUUGCCUCUAUUAUGUUUGUUCCUAAAAUGCUGCUUAAAUUUUAGAACUGUAUUGAACGUUUUAAUCUUUUGCUAUAAGCGUGCUUGCUUCGAAACAAAAUAAGGCAAAUUUGGAGUUUUUGUAACAAAAACAAAAUUAUCUUAGCAACGAAAUCAAUCAUUAAUCACACAGUCACUUAAGUAAUCUUUGUACAUAUUAAUGAAUGCGAUUCAAAUUUCUGCAAUAUUAAAUAAAUUUUUAUCACAUACAAGUUAGUUGUGAA